GCAAGAGGCGACUGGGGUGAGUGGUCCUCCCACUCUCCGCCGGGAGUCCUCCCAGUCUGCUCAGGUCAGCAUCGUCCCCUCCCCCCCACACAGCCAUGGACGCGCACACUCACCUGUUCGAGGCCGACCACCUCAAGUCACGGACCAUGUCAGUGGACCUGCAGUCAGACUCGUCUCUCCAGGUUGAGAUCUCGGACGCCGUCAGUGAGAGGGACAAAGUGAAGUUCACCGUGCACACCAAGACCAACCUCGCCUACUUCAAGCAGCCAGAGUUCUCGGUGGUGAGGCAGCACGAAGAGUUUAUUUGGCUCCACGACGCCUACCUGGAGAAUGAGGAUUACGCCGGGAUCAUAAUCCCGCCCGCUCCCCCCAAGCCCAACUUCGACGCUUCGCGGGAGAAGCUGCAGAAACUCGGCGAGGGGGACGGGUCCAUGACUCGCGAGGAGUUCGCCAAGAUGAAGCAGGAGCUGGAGGCCGAGUACCUGGCCAUCUUCAAGAAGACAGUGGCCAUGCACGAGGUUUUCCUGCAGCGGCUGGCUGCCCACCCUGUGCUGAGGAAGGACCACAACUUCUAUGUCUUUCUGGAGUACGAUCAGGAUCUGAGUGUGCGGGGGAAGAACAAGAAGGAGAUCCUGGGGGGGUUUCUGAAGAAUAUUGUGAAGAGCGCAGAUGAGGCGUUUAUCACAGGCAUCUCUGGGAUUAAGGAAGUGGACGAAUUCUUUGAGCACGAGAGGACUUUUCUGAUCGAGUACCACAACAGGGUGAAGGAUGCCACGAUGAAAGCAGACCGCAAGACUCGAUCGCACAAAAACGUCGCGGAAGAUUUCAUUCCAAUCUCGUCCGCCUUGUCCAGUCUGGGAUCCAUGGAUACUAGCCCUCUCAGCAAAAACCUGCUCAAACUUGCCGAACUUUUUGAAAAACUCCGGAAGCUGGAGGGCCGGGUGGCAUCUGACGAGGACCUGAAGCUGUCAGAUUUGUUACGUUACUACAUGAGAGACUCUCAAGCAGCAAAGGACCUCCUGUACCGACGCGCCCGCUCCCUGUCCGACUACGAGAACUCAAACAAAGCCCUGGACCGGGCCCGCAUGAAGAACAAGGAGGUGAAGCAGGCCGAAGCUGGCCAGCAGAUGUCCUGCCAGAGGUUCGAGAAACUGUCCGAGUCGGCCAAGCAAGAGCUCACAGACUUCAAAGUCCGCAGAGUGUCCGCCUUCCGUAAAAACAUGAUCGAGAUGACGGAGCUGGAGCUGAAACACGCCAAGGCCAACCUUCUCCUCCUGAGAAACUGUCUGAGCUCGCUGCGGGAAGAACAGUAGCGGGAUGCUUCUACUGAGUCUGAGGUCGAGCCUGUACGUCCUCGAUGCACUAAGUCUUCACCCGAUUGUCCGACGUCCCGAUGUGGAAGAGAGUUUCCCUUACUUUGUGUCUGGCCCGGCUCUGCCCAAACCAGGGAGUGUUUUUUCUGGAAGUGCCAACACCCUCCACUCUUGGUACCGUUAAACCCCCUUGCAAAUGUGUGUGUGUGUGUGUGUGUGUGUAUGUAUGUGCGCGUUUGUUUUUUUGUUUUGAUCACAUGGGGACCAAACCUUCCCCUCUCCCCUACCCUUCCCCCUCUGACAUGGUCAUUAGAAGCAUUGGCCAGUCUCUCUCCGCUGGAACGGGUCAGUUUAAAUAUCCUGUCGCCCGUUAAGACGGGCCCCAAAAGUCUCUUGUUUUGUUCCCAGGAACAAAUGGAUAAGGGGAUUCUGACCCAUGUUUCUGUUCAAAUGUUUAAAAGUCCCGGUUUGGUUUUUGGAGAUUCUCUAACCAGUUCCCGGUUACUUUGAAGUGUCCCCCCCCUCCCCCUUCUCUCCCACCCCCCACCCCCCUUCU